AGAAGCAAUCUGACAGCAUAGUUCAGCAACAGCCCACGGGGAUGCCAGGAUAACACCUCCUGAAAGAUGUCUCUAAAUUACAUCAAGAACUUCUAUGAAGGAUGUGUUAAGCCUCCAACUGUGAUCGGCCAGUUCCACACUCUCUUCUUCGGCUCAGUGCGGAUGUUCUUCCUCGGAGUGCUGGGCUUUGCUGUCUACGGGAAUGAGGCGUUGCACUUCAGCUGUGACCCAGACAAGCGAGAGAUAAACCUGUUCUGUUACAAUCAGUUCCGGCCAAUAACUCCCCAACAGAGAGCGCUGGAGCCGUGUGCGACACAGGAGACUCUCAUUCUCCAAAUAAUAACUGCCUUAAACCAGGCAGUAAGUUUGUCUCCUUCGGGCACCCGUCGCGGACAAGCGUCUCAGCAACGGAUGCGUGGGUGAGAAUUGCCCGCUCGGAGGCGGAAGCGGAAGUAUCUGUGACCGGCGAGUAGGAAGUAGCGCUUCCGGGAGUGGAGAUGGCCGCGCUGGCCCCUCUGCCGCCGCUGCCCGCGCAGUUUAAGAGCAUACAGCACCAUUUGAGAACGGCGCAGGAGCAUGACAAGCGGGACCCCGUGGUGGCCUACUACUGUCGUUUAUAUGCUAUGCAAACUGGAAUGAAGAUUGAUAGUAAAACUCCUGAGUGUCGUAAAUUUUUAUCAAAGCUAAUGGAUCAGUUAGAAGCUCUUAAAAAACAGUUGGGGGAUAAUGAAGCUGUUACUCAAGAAAUAGUUGGUUGUGCCCAUUUGGAAAAUUAUGCUUUGAAAAUGUUCUUGUAUGCAGACAAUGAAGAUCGAGCUGGACGAUUUCACAAAAACAUGAUCAAGUCCUUCUACACUGCCAGCCUUUUAAUAGAUGUCAUCACAGUGUUUGGUGAACUCACAGAUGAAAAUGUGAAACAUAGAAAGUAUGCAAGGUGGAAGGCAACAUAUAUUCAUAACUGCUUAAAGAAUGGGGAGACUCCUCAAGCAGGCCCUGUUGGAAUAGAGGAAGAGAAUGAUGUUGAAGAAAAUGAAGAUGUUGGCGCAACCUCUCUGCCCACUCAGCCACCUCAGCCAUCAUCAUCUUCAGCAUACGACCCAAGCAACUUGGCACCAGGCAGCUACAGUGGCAUACAGAUUCCUCCAGGUGCACAUGCUCCAGCUAAUACCCCUGCAGAAGUGCCACACAGCACAGGUGUAACGAGUAAUGCCGUCCAGCCUAGUCCACAGACUGUCCCAGCUGCUCCAGCUGUUGAUCCUGACCUGUACACAGCUUCCCAGGGGGAUAUCCGCCUGACCCCGGAGGACUUCGCUAGAGCUCAGAAGUACUGCAAGUAUGCUGGCAGUGCCCUGCAGUAUGAAGAUGUGGGCACCGCUGUGCAGAACCUCCAGAAGGCCCUCAGGCUGCUGACCACAGGCAGGGAGUGAAGCCUCUGUUCACGGAAGCCAGUGUUUUCCGCAUAGAGAACUAACAGUCCGUUACACUUUCCUCAGCCUUCAGGAGCAGGGGACUACAGAAGGCCUCAGUUCCCCGAGGAAGACAAUGACUCCUGUGUGGUUCAGAAGCAUUUACCAGCUGCCUCAGCCAGUUGUCAUUGAGUGUGUAGAGCUGAUGCUAGCAUCGAACCCGCUGUGAAAUGUCCCUGUAGAAAAUCAUGUUGGGUAUAAUAUGCUUUCUUAAUUUAUACACACUAAAGGAAGUUUUUGAAAGAUCUGUAAUAUUUGGACAAACAAACCAUAUUAUGUUGCUUUAAUAUUCUAAAUUAAACUUUUAAUAAAGAUUACCAGAAUAGUCCGGGUUGGA